AUGUAUACGUUUCUGUCUUUGUGCCUUGUGUGCUGCAGUGAACAGAGUAUCUGCCAGGCACGAGCUGCAGUCAUGGUGUAUGAUGAUGCCAAUAAAAAGUGGGUCCCAGCUGGUGGUUCCACAGGUUUCAGUAGAGUCCACAUCUACCACCACACAGGCAACAAUGCCUUCCGUGUAGUGGGACGCAAGAUUCAGGAUCAUCAGGUGGUAAUAAACUGUGCCAUUCCCAAGGGGCUUAAAUAUAACCAGGCAACACAGACCUUCCACCAAUGGCGUGACACUCGACAGGUCUAUGGCCUCAACUUCGGAAGCAAGGAGGAUGCCAAUGUGUUUGCCAGUGCCAUGAUGCAUGCGCUGGAGGUACUCAACUCCCAGGACACAGGUAAUACUUUCUCAGACUGGCAACCAUACUUGAAAAAAUAUUGCAGGCAGCUUCAGGAGUUACAUAGACAAAAAGAAUUGGAGCAGGAGCAUCAGGAACAGGAACGUCAGGAACGGAAUCGACUGGAACGGGAAGAACGGAAGAGGCAGGAGCAUCAAGAAAGCAAUGCACAGGCGGUGAAGGAGCCAUUUGAGCCGGAGCACCAAGAGCAGCAGGCUGACACAGAGAGUGAACUGAUAGAGAAAGAGAAGACUCCAGGAGAACACUUGAAGCAGGAACAGCAAAAAGAGUCGGACAGAGAACAAGACUGGGAGAGAGGGAGACGCAAUUCCAAUGUUGCCUUCGAAAGCUCACUUCACACUCCCACGCCUCGGGAGUGUGACAGGACCUCCUCCACCCCUCUGUCUCCAUCCACACCCAAUUACCCAGCUCCGGGGGCGGCAGCGCUCUCCCCCACAUCCCCUCCAACCCCACCGCUCAGACACUCGGCGUCCAGAUUUGCGGCCUCGCUCAGUUCGGCCUUUCACCCUGUCCUGCCUCACUACGCCACCGCUCCGAGACGCCCGCAGGCCUUCCCACAAGCUCCGCCUCUCGCCCAAGAUCCCGCACCUUCAGCUCAACCCAAGUCCGUGGUCUGGUCAGCGUCUAACUUUACCCCCUUGCCACCGUCACCCCCCGUCAUGAUAAGCAGCCCGCCGGGGAGGGCCACAGGUCCGUGGCCUCUCAUCCCGAUCGCCACACCGUGUCCUAUUAACCAAAACCCCCCCUCGCCAUUACCCAACGGGCCGCCCACGUUCCCCGCCCCUUCUCCGGUCACCAUCCCACACAGCCACAUACCCCUCGGAAUCGCCUGCCCGACGCCCCCUCCUCCGCCCACCCCUCCCCCCGUCUCCUCACCCAUAGCUACCCCUCCCUCUUCCCUCCCUGUCCCGUCUCCCCCCUCCUCAUCCCAGGCUCCUGGUGUGCCCUCUCCCUCCACAGCAUCCCCCGCUACCGCGGCUGCCACUAUCACCUCUUCAUCCGCUGAGCACCUUUCCCUCCAUGCGGGUCUGGGCCCGUUGGGACUAGGAGAACCCGAUGCAGCCACAGGUCUCGAGCCCCACUCAGCUCCAGGGGGCUUCUCCUGUCCGCCCCAGGGUGAUGUGGUGCAAACCCCGGGGUUAAAUGCGACAAUCACGCCCCCACCGCUGCCAGUCGGCCUCACUAUGACAUCCGUGACUGCCUCCCCCACCACACCAGUCAACCAACCCCCUCCACCCCCACCUCCUCCACUGCCUGUAGCGCUGGCUCUGAGUGGAGCCCAACCAGUUCCACCUCCUCCUCCUCCUCCUGGAAUCCCGCCACCACCCCCGGCGCCUCCCCUUCCCCCUGCACAGUAUUCUCCCGCGGAGGACCGCCCCCUCUCAGGCCUGGCCGCUGCCCUCGCCGGAGCCAAGCUGCGCAAAGUGCCGCGUAGUGAUGAUGCAGGGACAGUUUUGGCAGCAGCAAUACCAGGGGCUCUAGGGACCACAGGGCCUAAAACUGAGGCCAGAACCAAUGGGCCUCUAGCUGGAGGAGGAGGGCUUAUGGAGGAGAUGAGCGCUUUACUGGCCAGGAGGUAG